CGCGAGUGCGAACGACGUCAUGAAGCUGGACACUUGCGACGGGACGACUGUAAGUAUGUGUAUCUUCUCGUCGACAAUUGCAGCGUUUUCAUUGUGUGACAAUAGCUUCAUACAGUUCUAGCGCAGAAGUCACUACGCGGUCGUCAUCGAGAGGAGGCGUACUAGAGUAAUCCCCGUUUUUGUAGGUCACUUUUCAUGAUCAACACUGUACUUGGUGUCGCCCUUUGAGGUUGCAGCUCCUGCAUACUAUAUUACAUGUGCAUUCUACGUAAAUAAGGAGCCGGACGAUCCCACCCUGUGCAUGAAUACAACGGGGACGAUCGUCGCGACGCAACCUGAACCUGCCAAGUGCAAAACGGUUAUGCCUCGGACAAUGAUCAAUUCCUCUACUUCAUCACUACGCAAGGAGGUACCUACUGCUCCCGCUGCUAGAACGGGCAACACCUGAUGUCCGUGAAAAUGGGCAGCAUGACGAUGCCCGCGACGACCACUACGCCUACUACCGCCACGCCGGCGGCACCCACAUCACGUUUACGAUGGGCAGCUGCAUUACCACGGUGAUGAUUGUGAUGGCCCGUAUGAUACGAUAGGAAGGAUGUCGUUGGUGGCGGUCAUGUAAAUCUGUCACCUGAUGUGUUCAUCUUGAAAGUAACAAGAAGCCAAUAAAAGGAAAGCGAUUAUAGGGGUCGGGGUCGGGGUGCGUUCAUAAUUAUAAUGAUAAAACCAGACUGCAAAACUUCUUUUUCUGGUAUUCUUGCCAAGAAUUUCUUGCUUCUAGCGAGUAUAGAUACUCAGGGCUUCUACCCUCGAGUGCCUGAGCCUGUGCUUGCAAAGUCAGAGACUUUGUUUGGAA